AUGAAAAAUUAUAUUAAAGAACAGGUCAAUCUUUUGGUAUCUAGAAUUCAUGACGAUUUUUUGAGACAAGAGAGAAAGUUGACCAAAUUAGAAGCUAUUGUCACGGACAAAUCGUAUUAUUUCAAUCUUCCAUUCGAAAGUGACACUGUCUUCGAUAGAAAAGACCAAAUUUAUAAAUCAAACAAAUACGGAUUCAAAGCAGAAAUAAAAGUAGGUACUCUCGCAUACGGAGAACCUAAAAACGUAUUCGAUAUCGGGGAAACGCAACAGUUUUCUUUUCGAGGUAAUUGUCUGAUUCAAAUAGAGUUUCCAAUGAAGGUUAAAGUCAAUAAAGUAGUCUUCAAACAAACUGGUAAUGCCGUCAAACAUAUUUCAUUAUUCAAUGAUGGUAAUUUGGAAGAGAAUAUACGUUUGAUUGAUAAAAGGGAUCAGGAAAUUGAAACGAAAAAUGGUAAAUAUGUAGACACCUUUAAAAUGGAAGUAGAAAAUGAUAAGGAUAUCAUUGGAAUCAAAGAUUUGGAUAUGAUAUUGGAGACGGAAAAUCCACCAUCAACCAACAUUGUCAAAAUUCCACGACGCUUACACGUACACGGAAAAAUAGAAUCGAGCAGUCACGAGUUUUUACGAACAACAGACUUUGAAUACGUAAAACUGUAUUUCGCUUUAGGUGAAAAAUACACCUCGAUGGAUGUUCAUAAAAGUCAACAAGAAAGAGAGUUUAUAGUGCAUUUAUCGUUUGCCGAAGACUCCAUCCUUGAAGGUGGUGGUUUUAUUUCUAGAGCCAAGAUAAACAUCGAAAAAGAAAAAAUAAAAUAUUCCUAUCAUCUUAAAGAGGACCAUACGAAAAAAGAAAUGUCGUUAGUACGCAUAAAUGUUUUUAUUUUGAAUACCCGCAAAUAUAAUCAUGCUAGGCCAAACAAGCAAUCUCUAUACGAUAUUCCGUGGUUCCAUUUAUCGGAAAUUCACUUAAUUUAA